UUGCCCUCGAAACCAUCGCAUCCACGACCGUUGAACAACCUGUUGACGCUGUUCAACCUACCGCCGAGCUCGCAACGGUUGUACCCGCGGACGAUCAGACCGACAUCUCUGAAUGCUUCCCUGGGUCGCUGCCACCGCUCACUCAGUCCUCACCUCCAGGCACCCCUUUAGACGGCUUUGCCACCUCAGAUGUCAGCUGGUUCAAGAACGGUCGUGAAUCUGAAGAAGACGACACCAAUGCUGAUAUCGCAGAGGCGCGUGAUCCGCUCGAUGAAUCAUACCAUCCCACGCAAGGUAUUGACACAGCCGAUCGGACGCCCGCAGACACCCAGGUUCGGCCGAAGUGGUGCGUCCCAACACAGAAUCAAUUCCUUCGCAUCAUUCGUGACCCUGCCCCCAAAAGCAGCUCGCCGCCACCCUUUCCUCCCGCUCAUUGCACCCAGCUGCUACAAACGUCGCGUGCAGCUACUGCCCCACGACCGAUCCGACUUUCGAUCGCUCAAAAUAAUCACAGGCUCUUCAGUCGCGUCGACAGUCCUCGUCGAAUGGCAAAACAGAAGAAGAAGAAGGCACGUUUCACCACGCCAAACAUGCCCAUGACGAUGAACGACGAAGCUCAUCGUCCUGCCGAACGUUUAUAG